AUGUCCCAUGCCCUCCUCCUCCGUCUCUUUCUCUCCCCCUCCUUCUUCUCUGUCCAUGUCGCUCUUCGCUACCUCAUGCUCUAUGCAGAUAACAUAGGUAUCACCUACUAUCUCACCCGCAGGCUACGGGAGUAUGACACGCACGAGCUACGCGAGGUCUGGGGAUUCAUCUGUCACCUUCUCAUAACGCGACCGUCCAAGUCUCGCGCUUUAGAAUGCUUCGUGGUGGACAUCUCCCGCAAGUCCACUCACAUUGCCAUGCUGACGCUCUGGUUCAUGCAGUCAUCCCUGCAGGACCUUAGCUCAUCUCCAAAUACACCAUCUUUCAAAGUAUGUCAGCGGACUCUACAUCAGUGCCACGAAAUCAUCUUUGGUGAUCUCCCUACCCCAAACUCCGGUCCUUAUUCCGGCAUGAGCAUCACUUUCUCCCCGUUCUCCUCGCGUAAGAAGGUCAAACCUCUCUCCGAGCCUGCUCUUGUAGGGAUCGCUCUCGUUUUGGCUGGAGCCCCUGCGAUGCCUCGGCUCACCAGUGUCAUGGGAGAGGUAGCGAUCGAACAGGGUCGUGCUGAGGAUGAGAGCUCAAAAAGCCUCAAGGCUGAGGACGACGGUAGUGUAGGAGGUUCAUUGUCUCCACGCAAGGAAACUGCCGAUGACGAUCUUGACGACGACGAUGACGAGAACUCCGACGACGGAAGCGAAAACAAGACCGAGAAAUCUAUGGCAGAAGACCACACACAUCAUAGUACAGCUGAUACACCAAAGCGGAGGAAAACGAUAGCAGCGGCCCAAACGAGCCCAGCGCUUGUUCUACUUCGUAAUGUACAUCCUCCGCGGAUGUCAGACGAUCCUCUCGGCCAGAAUGAUCGCAGCGACGCACCAUACCAGUCUACACCCUCGAUAUCCCACACUCGUCAACCUCUUCGGCCCUCUCAAAUAAACGCGGCGGAUGCUCUACUGCGGCAGUACGACUUGCCAGCACAAUCAUACUUACUCCGCAGUCAAUACUGUCGUUCAGAAGUUCAAUUCCUACUGACGUUGGAAAAUAUAUCGAAUCGAUUACUUGUUGUUCCCAAACCCGCCCGUGUGAGUGCUUUGCGAGCAGAGCUUACUGCACUGAAUCACAAGCUCCCAGCAGAGGUUUGUAUGCCCAUGUGGUGCUCUUCGUCGGAUACACCUCGUCCGCCUGGAACACAACCACAUCACAAGAUUGUGCGGAUACCUCCGGGCGAAAGCGUGGUCCUCAAUUCAGCCGAGCGUGCACCCUAUCUCUUGCUCAUUGAAAUUCUUAAUGAUGAUCUGGACUUUGACCCGACGAAACGGAGUAAUAAAGAGGUACUCAAACGCAUCGUUGCCAAAGAAAGCCAGAAAAAGGGAGCGUCUAAAGACCUCAUCAACUUCACCGCGCCUCCACUGGUGUCGCAAAGGAGCUUAUCGGGCGGGAAAAGCACUGCUGAAGCAAUCCUCGACGCUGAAAACAACGAUGUCCCGGAAAUCCAGGUAGAAUCUACUGCACCGAACAGCCAGACUUCACUCGAUGAUGAGGAAAUGGACCUGGUGGACCAAGUCAUAGGAGUUGGUGAAUCCCUCCGAAAACCCAUUGACCUGUCGGAAUCCAUUGUCCUUCCUCCCGCACCCAAAAACAAGGAACUUGACAUGGCUGCUUGGUCGCGGACUCCGUCCAUGCCUGUAACACCUCGGCUAGAGCAAAUGGCGACUUUCUCACAAACCACGCCAGAACUACGGUCGAACAGAGGUUGGAGGUUUGACACACCAUCGACGACACCCGUGAUCACUGAGUCAGGAGCCGAUAUCAGCGAACAAAUACUGCUUUCGUUAGACGAGUACUCGGAGAGGAUGCGUACGGCUGCUGUCAUGCUCGCGCAGCUGAACGCCAGCCUUGUUCGAGAACCGGUGACUUCCCUGCAGCUGUCCGGCAGUCCUUCGCUAGCCACUCCCGUGUCGGAGUCACCGUCUACCUCGAUCUCGCGGAGCUGGAUACCCGGGUCGAGCCUUUUUGGAUCCUCGGGGGAUACUUCGACCAAUGGACCUAUCCAUCCUUCGUUAGGCGGUCGAGGCGCAGACGCGUCCGCCCCAAUGCGCAUGAGAGUGCAGCAUGCGGAAGCGGCUGCCAUCCGCGACCGGAUUAUGAAGGAGAUGAUGUCGCUAGAGGAGGAGCGGAUGUCCCGCAUGAAAGAGCACAGGGAGGGGGAAGGAUUGAUGCGCAUAGGCGAUCUGAGAGGGAGCAUGAAGACCGCAGAGGACGAGGACAUUGUGAAGCGCGAGCUGAACAGAGAUGACCCAUCCGCUGUUGUCUUCAGUGAGUCAUGGGCAGCAAAGAAGAGCCGCGUCCGGCAUGGCUCGCCUUACGGCCAUCUAGCGAACUGGGACUGUGUCUCCGUCAUCGUCAAAACCGGAGCUGACCUACGCCAAGAGCAACUUGCCGUUCAGCUCAUCCAAGAGUUUGAUAACAUCUGGCGCGAAGAAAACUGUCAGUGCUGGGUGCGAUAUUUCCGUAUACUCAUUACCGGUGCCUCCUCGGGCCUGGUCGAGACUAUCACGGACGCCGUCUCGAUACAUUCGAUCAAGAAGGCUGAGUACGCCCGGCGGUUGGCCGAAGGCCGGUUCGGCUAUGUGACGCUGCUGGACCACUUCAAGACCGCAUACGGCGACGCCAACUCGGCUAAGUUUGUGCGCGCGCAACGGAACUUUGCCAAGUCCAUGGCCGGUUAUUCAGUUAUCACAUAUCUGCUCCAGAUCAAGGAUCGUCACAACGGCAACAUCCUGCUAGACCGAGAAGGGCAUGUUGUCCACAUCGACUUCGGCUUCAUGCUUUCGAACUCUCCAGGGAACAUUGGCUUCGAGGCGGCUCCUUUCAAGUUACCUCCUGAAUACGUGGAGGUGCUCGGAGGGAUUGACGGUGAACCGUUCGCCGAGUUUAAGCGUCUUUUUCGGGAGGGUUUCGAAGCUGCGCGGAAACACUGCGAUCGGAUCAUCACUCUCGUGGAAUUGAUGCAGAAGGAUUCCUCAAUGCCAUGUUUUGCCGCCUUUGGCGAGCAAACCGCGAACCAACUUCGAGAUCGGUUCCAACCCGCCCUGACACACUCGCUCGUAGGCGAGCACGUAGACAGACUCAUUGAUAGCUCCCUAGGAUCCAACUGGACGCGUCUCUACGAUUCGUAUCAAUACUACUCGCAGUCUAUACUAUAA